AUGGCUUGUGUUACAACCGUCAACUAUACUAUAUUGUUCAAUGGAGGAACUUCUGUGCCUUUCAAUGCAGCAAAAGGAUUAAGGCAGGCGGAUCCAAUUUCUCCUUUUCUUUUUGCUAUUUCUAUGGAGUAUCUCAGCAGGUGUUUAAAUGGGCUAAAACUAUCAAAAGAGUUCAAGUUUCAUCCUAGAUGUGCCAAAAUACGGAUUACCCAUUUGUGCUUUGCUAAUGAUCUUCUACUAUUUAGUAGAGGUGAUCUGUCCUCUAUUAUUGCUUUACAAAACUGUUUCCUCACCUUCUCUCAAGCAUCAAGAUUGCAACCUAAUUUGGGGAAAAUCUACUGGCAACCUCUUAUAGAGAAGAUCACAACUAGAAUCACCACAUGGACAACAAGGAAACUAUCAUAUACUGGUAGGACUCAGCUGUUCUCUCUACCUGCUCAUGUUAUCAAAACAAUUGAUGCUUUUUGCAGAAGUUAUAGUUGGUUUGCUUCAAAUGUGAUUACAAAGAAAGCACUUAUAACACCUUCUCCUAAGCAAAGUGUGAUCAGAAACAUUUAUCUUCAGUUGCUUAUCUUGCCAAGGGUACAUUGGAAGACUUUGGUUUUCAAGUCUUCAACUAGACCAAAAGCCCAGUUUACUAUGUGGUUGCAUCUACAAGGCAGGCUACUCACUAUGGAAAGACUGGCUAAAUGGCGAAUUCAUAAUGUGUUCAUGCUUUGUGGAUUGAGAGAAAUGUCAGAGUAUUUGAAGGAAGAAGCACCAGUAGAGUCUCUAGCCAAACAAAUCGCAUACACUUCCACUUGUUUUGAUUCUGAGAGAGCUGGUUGUGUUGGCCAAGCUAUGGUAUUGUAA